AUGACUGUCCAACAGAAACCUUCUCAGGCCAUUCAUGUCCUCACCUCCCAGAACGGCACCGAAGUUAAAGAUACAAACAAGGAGAUUGUUCAGAAUAUCCCUGCCAAGGGAGUUGAAUACUUCAACCCCGAGCAGCUUCCCGCUCCCGGCCUCGGUUUGAGCGGUCCCAACGAUUCUCUGCCAAGGAUCUUUACGCCCAUCAAGAUCCGUGGCAUCACAAUGCCCAACCGCAUUUGGGUCAGCCCCAUGUGCCAAUACAGUGCCCGUGGCGGCUUUCAGCAGCCCUGGCACUUUGCCCAUUAUGGCGGACUGGCCCAGCGUGGCCCUGGUCUCAUCAUGCUUGAAGCCACAGCUGUUCAAGCACGAGGCCGUAUCACACCUGAAGACUCGGGUAUCUGGCUAGACUCACAUGUGGAAGGACUGCGAAAGCACGUUGAUUUCGCACACGCCAACAACUCUCUUAUUGGUAUCCAGAUUGGCCAUGCCGGUCGCAAGGCCUCUUGUGUUGCUCCUUGGUUAGACGUUGGACUUGCCGCUGAAAAGGCAGCCGGCGGAUGGCCCGAUGACGUCGUGGGCCCCAGCAAUGAGCCUUUUGCUCCAGGCUAUCCUACACCCCGUGCUAUCACCAUCGAAGAGAUUGAGCAACUCAAGGACGACUUUGUUUCCGGAGUGCGUCGAGCAGUUGAGGCCGGCUUUGACGUUAUCGACUUCCAUUUUGCUCACGGUUAUCUCGUCUCGAGCUUCCUGUCCCCUGCUACCAACAAGCGCACCGACAAGUACGGCGGAAGCUUCGAGAACAGAGUCCGACUUGCUCUUGAGAUAGUCGAGGGAGCCAGAGCCGUUAUGCCCGACCAUAUGCCCUUGUUCACUCGUAUUAGUGCCACUGACUGGCUGGACAACAACCCUGAGUACGAGGGAGAGAACUGGACUCUCGAGCAGAGUAUCAAGCUUGCGCACCUUUUGGCGGAGCGAGGCGUUGAUGUUCUCGAUGUUUCCAGCGGUGGUAUCCACAAGAUGCAAAAGGUUGCUGUCGGUCCCGGUUACCAGGCUCCUUUUGCCAAGGCGGUUAAGAAGUCUGUUGGAGACAGGUUGCUUGUCAGUGCUGUCGGUAGCAUCAAGACAGGCACCUUUGCCGAGGAAAUCAUCCAGGGCGAAGAGGACGAUACCCCGUUGGAUCUAGUAGCUGCGGGUCGUCUGUUCCAGAAGAACACCGGACUUGUUUGGUCGUGGGCUGAUGAUCUAAACACUUCUAUCCAGAUCGCUCACCAGAUCGCCUGGGGUUUCGGUGGCAGGGCUAAGAAGAAUACCCCCAAGCCUGUUCUGUAA